GUUCAAUGAUAUUCCGAUGAUGCGUUUUUUUUAGAUACCGCCUUAGGCAGUACUGCUCAGACACCCGCACUGAUCGUAUACUAGCGCUUCCUAUAAUCAUCAUCAUGUACAAGAAGCAAGUACUGCUAUCCACUGUGUACGGUCUAAACCGAUCGUUUUCGAAACAAGUAAUCACCGGCUUCUCUUUAAAUCGUUCGGGAAGCUUAUCGCCUGUGAUACGCAUCAUUAAUCAGGAUUAUUCCGGCGUGGAGUUUGAGGCUAGCGAGUGGGCGAUCGUCGCCGAACACCUACCCGUCAUCGACAAGUUCUUCACCACAGAGGACAACAUCAAGGAGGUACCCGAGGAAUUCAACACUCCUAUUUUCAUGACCGCUCACGAGAUAGUCUUUACGUACUCAUACGGGGAACGUGCCAUUAUUUUGAAACCAUCGGCGCCGCUAUAUACGAGUAACGACGACUCGGGCAUUAAAAGAGCUAGAGCGUACACACCCGUGAUCGUAAUGAAGAGGGUGUCGUACCUCAAUCUCCAGAGGGUCUUGCGCUGCGUGACCAUCCAAAUAAACAGACUACGCGAGAUCACCGACAGCGCUAACAGCUGCAAAGACACGCUGAUUGCGGAGCUCGAUCGCCGCGGGGAUGACGCCUCCCGGGACAACAUAUUGGAUGAUCUUCGGCUGGUUUUGGAAAAGAAAGGCCUGUGGUCGCCAGCUCUUUAUCAGUUAUUGGUGGAGCUACUCUCCCUGUAUAACCACGAGUACCUCUCCUUCGUGCGGAGCACCACGACUACCCAGAAUGAUCAUGCUUGAGGAUUUAUUCUCUUAAUAAAAUUGUACAGCUACUGUUUCUUACAAUAUACGACAUAUAUUUAAAAAAUACCUAUUUUUUCUGUUUUUGUUUCCUUCAUCUCCAUCUCCCCAUA